GAGCUGCAAGCUAAACAUCAAGGGUGGCACCAAGUUUUGAGGCAGAAGGGUGGGCCUUACAAGCUCACGGAAAGGGCUCAGCACCACCGCGAUGCCCCACCUACUCUCUUGACUUUCAGGCAACUCCAACCAGCAGCCUCACGUCCGCUGGCCCCCGCCCUCCGAACGUCACCGCCACUAGGUACAGUGCCCCCUAGGGGCCUCUGUUCCUCCCACGAGGAAGAGUCUAGUCUUUUCCUGCUGCUGGCCCGUUACUGUGUAGCUUGGCUCUCUCUGGCGCCAGCCUCGCCAGCCCAGGGAGGAACUUGCUGCAGCAUCUCGGCGCCACCGGAGGACCAGUCGCCCCGUGCUCCGCAGCAGCAUGAGCACCCGCCUGCCUCUCCUGCUGCGCCAGCUCGGCCAUCAGCAGCUGCCCCGGGGCCCGGCGUGUCGCCUCCGUGAGCUGUGUAGCUCCAGCAGCAGCAGCAGCAGCAGCAGCGGAGGUGGUGACCCCGAAGGGGUGCGCGGGCAGCGGCAAGAUGGCCAGGCCUUCAGCAUCCCUGGAACCGGCAGCACGGAGGCCUCUAGGACGACCUCCAUCGUCAGAGAAGUCAUUCACAAUUCCAAAGAAGUGCUGAGUCUGCUGCAGGAGAAAAGCCCUGCCUUUAAGCCAGUACUUGCUGUUAUUCAGGCUGGCGGUGAUAACUCAAUGCAGGAAAUAAACCAGAAUUUGGCCAAGGAGGCCGGUCUGGACAUUACUCACAUUUGCCUGCCUCCAGACAGUGGAGAAGAUGAGAUCAUAGAUGAAAUCUUGAAGAUUAAUGAAGACCCCAGAGUGCAUGGCCUUGCCCUUCAGAUCUCUGAGGAUUCAUUUAGCAACAAAGUUCUCGAUUCUUUGAAGCCAGAAAAAGAUGUGGACGGGGUGACUGACGUCAAUCUGGGGAAGCUGGCGCGAGGCAACGCCCCUGAGUGUUUUGUUUCUCCUCUGGCCAGAGCUGCAGUAGAACUUGUUGAGAAAUCAGGAGUCACCUUGGAUGGAAAGAAGGUCUUGGUGAUAGGGGCUCGGGGGCCCUUGGAAGCGGCCCUGCAAUCCCUUUUCCAGAGAAAGGGAUCCAUGACAAUGAGCUCCCCGUGGGCAGCACCUCAGCUCCAAGGCAAGCUUCAAGAGGCAGAUGUUGUGGUCUUAGGCUCGCCUAAGCCAGAAGAGAUCCCUGCCGAGUGGAUCCCAUCAGAAGCCACUGUCCUCAAUUGCUUCCAUGACAUCUCGUCAGGGAAGCUGAGAGAUGGCUCUCCUGGGGUCCCUGGGAAAAGAAUCAUUACAGGAGAGAAUGUGAGUCUCCUUGCUGCAGCUCUGCGGAUACAGAACAUGGUCAGCAGUGGCAGGAGAUGGCUCCGAGAGCAGCAGCAUAGGAGGUGGCGACUCCACUGCUUGAAACUGCAGCCUCUCUCCCCGGUCCCCAGUGAUAUUGAGAUUUCAAGAGGACAGACUCCAAAAGCUGUAGAUGUCCUUGCCAAAGAGAUAGGAUUGUUUGCAGAGGAAAUUGAAGUCUAUGGCAAGAGCAAAGCCAAAGUCCGGUUGUCCCUGCUGGAGAGGUUAAAGGAUCAAAAAGAUGGAAAAUAUGUCCUAGUUGCCGGGAUCACGCCCACCCCACUUGGAGAAGGGAAGAGUACAGUCACCAUCGGACUGGUGCAGGCCCUGACCGCCCACCUGCACGUCAACUCCUUCGCCUGUCUGAGGCAGCCUUCCCAGGGACCCACUUUUGGAGUGAAAGGAGGAGCUGCAGGUGGCGGAUAUGCUCAGGUCAUCCCCAUGGAGGAGUUCAACCUUCACCUGACGGGGGACAUCCACGCCAUCACCGCUGCUAAUAACUUGCUGGCUGCGGCCAUCGACACAAGAAUUUUGCAUGAAAGUACCCAAACAGACAAGGCGCUGUACAAUCGGCUUGUUCCCUCAGUGAAUGGAGUCAGAGAGUUUUCAGAAAUUCAACUGUCUCGGCUGAAAAGACUGGGGAUAAAUAAGACUGAUCCAAGCACACUGACAGAGGAAGAAGUGAAGAAGUUUGCCCGCCUCAACAUUGACCCCUCAACUAUCACAUGGCAGAGAGUAUUGGAUACCAAUGACCGAUUUCUGAGAAAAAUAACUAUCGGGCAGGGAAGCACAGAGAAAGGAUAUUCCCGGCAGGCACAGUUUGACAUUGCAGUGGCCAGCGAGAUCAUGGCCGUGCUGGCCUUGACGGAUAGCCUCGCCGACAUGAAGGAGCGGCUAGGAAGGAUGGUGGUGGCCAGUGACAAAGAUGGGCAGCCUGUGACAGCUGAGGACUUGGGGGUGACAGGUGCUUUGACAGUUUUGAUGAAAGAUGCCAUCAAACCAAAUCUGAUGCAGACCCUGGAAGGGACACCCGUGUUUGUGCACGCCGGCCCCUUUGCUAACAUCGCUCAUGGCAACUCUUCAGUGUUAGCUGAUAAAAUUGCACUGAAGCUGGUCGGGGAAGAAGGCUUUGUGGUGACUGAAGCUGGCUUUGGAGCUGAUAUUGGGAUGGAGAAAUUCUUCAACAUCAAAUGUCGAGCUUCCGGCCUGGUGCCCAACGUGGUUGUGUUGGUGGCCACUGUUCGAGCUCUGAAGAUGCAUGGAGGUGGACCAAGUGUAACUGCUGGGGUUCCUCUCAAGAAAGAAUAUACAGAGGAGAACAUUCAGCUGGUGGCUGAUGGCUGCUGUAACCUACAAAAGCAAAUUCAGAUUGCUCAGCUCUUCGGGGUGCCCGUCGUGGUGGCGCUGAACGUCUUCAAGACCGACACCCGCGCGGAGAUCGACUUGGUGUGUGAGCUCGCUAAGCGGGCCGGUGCCUUUGAUGCGGUCCCCUGCUAUCACUGGUCGGCUGGGGGAAAAGGGUCUGUGGACUUGGCUCGAGCUGUGAGCGAUGCCGCCAAUAAAGGAAGCCGCUUCCAGUUCCUGUAUGAUGUUCAGCUUCCAAUCGUGGAAAAGAUAAGAACCAUUGCCCAGGCUGUUUAUGGAGCCAAGGAUAUUGAGCUGUCUCCUGAGGCGCAAUCCAAAAUCGAUCGCUAUACGCAACAGGGUUUUGGAAACUUGCCCAUCUGCAUGGCAAAGACCCACCUUUCUCUGUCUCACGAGCCUGAUAAAAAGGGGGUGCCAAGGGAUUUCAUUCUGCCAAUUAGUGAUGUCCGGGCCAGCAUUGGCGCUGGGUUCAUUUAUCCUUUGGUGGGAACGAUGAGCACGAUGCCAGGACUGCCCACCCGGCCCUGCUUUUAUGAUAUAGACCUUGACACAGAAUCCGAGCAGGUGAAAGGCUUGUUCUAACGGAACGACAUACCCACAGGACCUGAGCCAGGCUCUUCAAAUAAAAGAGAGAAAAAAAAAGUCUCCUUGCCUUUUUGCUGCAGUUGGAGAAGAAAGCAAGUUUUGAAAUCUGCUUGUUACGCAAUGCUGGAGAAAGCGUGAGAGCGGCCAAAGACUGCUUCCUCUUGUGAGCUGGAUCGUUCCCAGCCAAGCCAUGCUCAGCGGAAGGACCUGCGCCUCAACUGGAAGAAGCAAAGUUACUCUCGGUGCCUAUAGAGUUUACACCGUUUCUGCUGCUUAUACUUUGGAGUGUUUAUUUUACGGGGAGUGGGGGAUUACCAGAGUGAACUAGAAGCUAAUGUUUUCCUCUGUGGAGUUUCCUCUUUUGUCUUUUCUAUUCUCCUUCCCCCCCCCCCACCGUCCUC